AUCUCAGUAUUUGUCCAGUCUCGAGCCACUUUCUACGUACAUGGUUUAUAUCAUGCCUGUAUAUCAGGGAAUGUUUGGUCCCGAGUCCUCCGCAUCUGAAAUUACUCUGGAUGUUACAGACCCAAACCCCGUGACCCUAACUGUGACGACUGAGAGUCCAUCGCAGAUUCUUAUUGCAUGGGAUCCAAUAUGUGGAGCUAUUGACUACAAAGUGGACUACGUACUGAAAACCUUAGACAACUGUGAAUCGUAUGAAAUAACACCAUCAUCAGUGUACACCUCCCCGCCAGAUUGCCCCUGCAACUCAACAUCAGUUUCUAUAUCAGGUCUUCAUGCUUACUCUACUUACGUCGUAAGAGUUCAAGUUCAAGUAGUUGGCAGCUCUUCGUAUGGGCGAGAGGCAACGGUGGAAGUUACCACUGAUAUGUCAGAGCCAACUGCUGCUCCAACUGAUUUGAUGAGUUUUUCUGACACCAGCACCAGUCUGAGUUUCUCUUGGAGCGAGCCACCAUGUGGAGAUCGAGGUGGUAUCAUCACUGGGUACACAUAUAAGCUGACUCAAGUAGGCUCAAUGAUGCCUGACAAUGUAGAAGGCCUGACCGAUAGCUCAAACAGAAUGGUGAUGAUUAGUGGUUUAAUACCAUACACUGAUUACAGCUUCCAAGUUGCAGCCAACACCAGUCAGGGUAUGGGGCCGCUUAGCAGCAGUCUUAACUCAAGAACGGCAGAAGGAGUUCCUCCUGCACCGAUGAACUUGAUGGUAAGGAGCGCUGAUGAGAGUUCGAUAACGGUAGAGUGGACGGAACCAAAUCCUCCACAUGGAAUUAUACUCAACUUUGAUAUCUCUUACUGGCCAUCCAUGGAAGAUGAAACAUCAGCAACCAUAAGGAGAGACAUUGGUGUGACGUCAUUGAGCUAUCGCAUAGAGGGCCUUAUGACAAAUGUCAAUUACUCAAUCAAGGUUCGUGCCAAGACGUCUGCCGGUAACGGUUCCUGGAGUGCUGCAGCUAGUGGCACAGCACGAAUUGGUGUUCCUGGUCCAGUCGAGAAUCUUCGGUCGACGGAUCAAACUGAAAUGUCAGUUACCUUGCAAUGGGAUCCACCGUUGAACCCAAAUGGGCAAAUCAUGAACUACAUCGUGGAGUACAGAGCUGUGGAGAAACGUCACCAGGCGGACUUUACUGCAGAUACUGCGUACAUGAAUAAGGAACUAGGAAAUGAGUUACAGGCUACAAUAACCAAUCUCGAACCAACAACUGGAUAUGAGUUGAAGAUUUCAGCACAAAACCAAAUGUUCACCAGCGAUGCAGCAGUACUCGAAGUAUUUACUAAACCACGGGAAACUACGGCGAAGAAACCACAAGGCUCAUCUGUAGGAAUAAUUGUUGGAGCCUUGAUAGCAGUGAUUGUCAUUGUCGUCAUCAUCAUGUUCUUAAGAAGGAAGAGGAAUUUUGGACGAUCAAGAAAGUCAAAUGAUGGUACUCGAGGAAUACAACUGGCAGACACAUCACUUCAUGCAAAUGACUAUUUUGCACCAGUGAAUGGAGAUGCGUCAUCGGUGAGUGUUGAACCUUCUGUACUCACCCCCUCUGCAUCGUUGAUAUCCCGUGCACCAACUAGUCCUACACCCACUGGUACACCUUCGCUAACCCAGAACCCCACUGAGCAACCUCCAGAGCCCAAACAGUUACCAUUCACAAAUCCACCACCGGUUCGUAUUGAAGAACUUGAGGAGUAUAUUCAGAUGAAGAAAUCGGCGGCCGCUGAUAAAGGCUUUGAAGCUGAUUACAAGACUCUUCCUGAGGGUCAGUUACAUCCCUGGACUGUAGCAAGAAAACCAGAAAACAAGUCUAAGAACCGAUACGCUAACGUCAUCGCUUAUGACUACUGCCGUGUUGUGCUGGAGCCGUUGGAAAAUAAACCUCACUCAGACUACAUUAAUGCUUGCUACAUCGAUGGAUACAAGGCAAAAGACAAGUACAUAGCCAGCCAAGGACCAAACAAAGAAUCCAUCAAAGAUAUUUGGAGAAUGAUUUGGCAGCUGAAAGUGGAUAAAAUCGUCAUGCUGACCAACCCAGUAGAAGAAGGCAAGAUGAAGUGUCUUCAGUACUGGGUCGACAACGGGGCUUCUGAAUACACAGGCAUUUUUGUGACAACAGUCAAGAAAGAUGUGUUCCGCGACUAUACAGUCCGUAUCUUCAGCAUCAAUGAGGUUGGGAAGGACAAACUUCGGGUCGUGACACAUUUUCACUACACCACAUGGCCUGAUAUGAAACCACCAGAAUAUCCAACUCCAUUACUCAACUUCCUACGUGUGGUCAACACAACAAAGAACACUGGACGCACCGUCAUACAUUGCAGUGCCGGAGUUGGUCGAACGGGAACCUACAUCACUCUGGACGCCAUGUUGGAACAGAUGAAAGAAGAAGGACAGAUUGAAGUUCUUAGCUUCAUCAAUCAGAUGAGACAUAGACGUAUCAAGUCAGUCCAAACAGUGGAGCAAUAUGAGUUCCUUUAUGACGCCAUUCUCGAGGCCUACUUGAGCAAUGAUACAACGUACCAUGUCACAGAAUACCGGCGUAAACUAACAGCUCUGAAGAAGUCAGGCAUGGAACAACAAUUUAAGAUUCUAGAAAAGCUAAGUUCUAAACUUCCCUUUAGAAGGAGCGAGUCCGGAAAGCUGCUGGAGAAUGUGGCAAAGAACAGGUUCCCAGACUUUGUGCCACCCGAUCGUUCAAGGCCAUAUCUGAUGACGAUGACCAGCGACGAGGAUACCAACUACAUCAAUGGGACCUAUCUACCGGGCUACCGAAAGAGGAACAGGUACAUUGCUACCCAGAUGCCUACACCAAACACCAUAGGGGACAUCUGGCGUCUGGUGUAUGACCACAAAUCAACCUGUAUUGUCAUGCUCAACCAGUUUGAUAAAGACGAUGAGACCAUGGUCCAGUACUGGCCAGAGGCAGGACCGAUGGAGUUUGGUCCCCUGGUCGUUGAGGUGCUAGAGACCAAUGAAUACACCGGAGUCAUCGGCCACUCAUUCACACUGAGGAAUCAAAACUCUAAGCUUGACCCUCCACGGACCGUCUGCCAGUUUCAGUAUCUAGACUGGCCAUGUGAUCAAGAUGUGCCAAGCUCAUGGGAUGGCUUGCUGACGCUCUUCCAACUCACUGAAAAGUGGAACAAGACUGAAGAAGGACCCAUCGUCGUCCACUGCAUGGAUGGCCUCGGUUGUUCGGCUGCAUUUUGUGCCCUGAUGACUCUUCUUGAGAAGUUCAAACAAGAAAUGGUCGUCGAUGUAUUUCGAGAGGUCCUUCAACUCCGAUCGGUUAACCCCAACAUGAUGUACUCGUUGGAACAUUAUGAAAUGUGCUAUGAUGUCAUCCGAGAACACAUGAACAACUUAUCAGACAACAGCAUCUACGAGAACCUAAAUGGUUAAGAGGUGAAGAAGACAUCCGAGUUGCCCUUCGGCCAACAUGAGCUGCUGAGAGGUCUCCAAAGUUGUAAGAAACAUGUAAUGAGUAAUUGAUAUAGCGCCCUCUGUUGACUAGUUGUGUUCACAAUAUCGUGUCUCAGCCUGAACAUCUGACGUCACACCUUGAGGCUCGUGAAUUACUACGCCAGAGAUCUGCCUUGAUCCUAGGUCAA